AUGAAAACAAAAACAUUAAAAGAAGUUGUUGAAGAAGUUAAAGAAAAGAAAAUUAGAAAUAUUCCAACAUUUAAUCAACAAAUUGAUCAAUUUUUAAAUGGAGGAAUUCCAUUAGGUGAAAUAACACAAAUAGUUGGAUUUCCUGGAAUUGGGAAAUCACAAUUAUGUAUGCAAAUAGCAUGUAAUGUUCAAUUACCUGAAGAAAUAGGAGGAUUAAAUUCUGAAUGUAUUUAUUAUGAUUCAUAUUCACAAUUUUGUAGUUUUAGAGUUCAAAAAAUGGCAGAAUGUAUUUGUGCAUCAUAUCCAGAAUAUAAACUUAAUGUAAAAGAAAUACUUAAAAAAAUUCAUGUAUAUCAACCACAUGAUAUUAUAAGUCUUUGUUCAUCUCUUUUAUCAAUAAAUAAUAAAUUAAAUAAAAUAAAAUUAAUAAUAAUUGAUUCAAUACCUACAUUUUAUAAGAAAACUAUAUGUAAUGAUACAAUUAGAUUAGCAGCACUUCAUCGUAUAAUUCAAAUUGUUUCAAUAUAUUCAAAUAAAUUUUAUUUAUCAGUUGUUAUAGUAAAUCAUUUAACAACAAAAAAAAUUAAUAGUAAUUAUACAUCUAUUGAUUAUAUUCAAUCAGCACCAUUUCUUACUUAUUUUAUAAGAAAUGGUGGAGUAAUAUUUUCAUCAUAUAUUAAAAAUUCUAUUUUUCUUUAUCAAAUAGAAUCAAAAUAUCAAGCAAUAAUACAAACAAAAUCUAAUUUACAAAAUGGUAAUAUUCCUUUUGAAAUUACAGAAGAUGGAUUUAGAUAA